UACAGCUGUGGUUGUAAUUGAAUGCGAAAUAAACGAUUUCUCUUUGUUUUGGAGACUUUAAAUAUCAAUACAAAUAAUUGAGAGUUGAUAUUAAGUUGUAUCCAAUAUGUUACGUGUAAAGAUUCAUAUAGCACUAAGUGCUAUUGGAGCAUUUUUAGGAUUGUCUGCAUUUAUUUGUUUCUGCAUUGUUUAUGCAAACAUUGAAGCCGGAAUGUGGGCGCUUUUAUCUGGUAUACAUGCAUCAUUGGCACUGAUGCUACAUUGCCACUACUUAAAGGAGUCCCUGCACGUAAACUUCUCAAGAAAAGCAUUGCAGUACAUCGGAGACUUUGGAAUGGUUGGAUUUGUCGCUGGGACGGCUCUUACAAUAUUCUAUUUGUUCCUGGAGAUCUAUUACCAAGCUGAUGUGAUGCCAAUCAAGUCUAGUAUAAUAAUUCGGCUCGUCUGGUCGUUCAUGAUGUUGAAGUGGGGUCUGAUGCUGUACCUCGUCACAAAGAAGUACCUGAGGACCUACAACGAUCACCAGCUGUUCUCCGAAAACCCGAACAUCGAGGAGACGUAAUUAUCUCAUUGAUUGUUACCAAAUUGCUUCGGUCUAAGUGGUUUUGUUGGUAUGUGUUCAGGCAAUUAGCUUUUAAGGUAUUUUUAUUAUGAUUUACAGACAGGUGAGAAGCUUUGGUAUCAAUUGCUCCGAUUUUUUAACAUAUACACACAGCAUACAAUGUCUACAAUGCAGGCAAAACUAACACCAAUUUUUUUAUUCUGUUCUGCUUAAAUUCAGGCUUUCAAUGUAAGAAAACUUUAUUACAUAAAUGGUUUUACAAAUAAAUAUUUAACGCAUUCUGGACCAAGAGCCUUGAGUGUUGCCCACCGGUGACCAACGACAUUAAAUAUAAUAAUUAUUCAUCGGCCACUAGUGACCCACGCCGAGGCUUCAAACGGUUACACCAAAACCUUCUUGCGUUCGACCCAUUGGCACAGGAUAGCUAGAUAUCUUUUAUUAUUGGAAUUCAUGCAUGAUGCUAAAACUAAAUAACAAUAUUUUUAAUAAGCUCAUAACGCAAUUUGUACAAUUGGGUGCUUUCAAAUAAUCAAACAAUACCUAAGCUUUUAAUUUUUAUCAGUGAAACCCUGUUACCACCGGAAGAUGUAGAGACUGGUCCUGAGGAAAUAACGACUGUAUAAAUAAGGGCUAUUAAUAUGGAAGGCUAAAUAUUCAAAUUGUUAAAUAUCUGAGGCGGUAUUUCAAAAUUUUGAGAGUAGGAUGCAAACAUACCUGUAUGUAUAUUCCUUUAUCCACAAUUGUUACUUAUUGUAUUUAUAAGAUGCCUGAACAGAUAAAACUAUAUCUUAUUUGCGGAAUAAUUAACUAUUUUCAGAUGCAAUACACAUAAGGUAAUGGAAUACGCCAACUGUUCCGAAUUAGGUUUUUAAAUACCUUUAACUAUUGUUUCAAUUAAAAAAAAUCUGAUGAUGAUGAAUAAUUUAAGUGUAAAACUAUUAAAUUAACGCAAAAAUCUUUAUAAACAUAAAUUGGUUGCUAAUACAUUUUACUGUUAGUGAUAUAAAUCAGAGUCUAAAAUAUUAGUCACAAAAUUGUUAUAGUUUAAAUAGUUUAAGUCAACAAAACCACUUAGAACCACUAUUGAAUCUACAUUAUAAAUAUUCUUUUGUGAUACCUAGUGACCUUUGAUUGACUGUGAAUACUUUGUCGAAUUUAGGCCAACUGACGACUGAAAUUUUGUAUGUAUUUAUUAAAGUUUGUUUUUUCUUUGAUUUUAAGAGGUACACAGAUUUUAUCUACAUAGUUUAUACGAGUGUUUUUUCAUUAUAUACGAGAGACGAUUCGAAUAUAUGUUAUAUAAAACCUAUCGCUAUCUCCUAAAGUGGCAAAUAAAAAACAGUAAUGAAUUGUAUAAGGAAUCUCAGAAAUACCACAUAAUUUGUAAUAGCAAAUUUAUGAAUAUUGAGGUAAUACCCGAUUCAUAAAAUAUAAUAAAUUAGGAAAAUCGAUUAUUGAGACAAUAUCUAAUUUAUUUCUGUACCUAGAUUGGACUUCGAUCCUAAACUAAAACUUUUUGGUGAUUUGUAAGGAUCUUAAAGUUGAAAUACAAAAUCAUUAUCUUUCAAUACUACUUAAUUGUUAAUUUUUUGAGAAAAUUAUGUAGAUAAUAAUAUAUGCAUAAAGCAAAGACUACAAAAAACAAAUUAUAUUUUGUUUAAAAUAUUUGAGAAAAAAGUGUUAGUUGUUUAUCAAACUUGUAUCGUCAAAGACUAGUUCUAUUGUUAUUUAUUGUACUAUGAAAUUCCGUACGAAAAGUAAAUAUUAACAAUUUUUUUUUUAAUUAAAUAAAAUCUGCAACACCUAUUUAAAGUAUAUUCUUGUCACAAAAUACAGCCCAUCUUCAGAAGUCAUUUUCUAAUUAGCAUAGAUUUUUGCAAAUUAUGUUUUGUUUUCUGGCCAUAUUCUUACUAGACUACCUGUUAUUUGAGUUAGUUGUUAAAAAGUAGGUAGUUAGGAAGUAUUUCUAGAGAUCUAAUAAGUUAAACUUCUAACUGUGUCUAUCCUAUGAACAUGAUUAUUGUCAAAUGUAGUUAUAAAUUUAAGAAAUAAACUGUUUUAAUAAAUA